UUAGGUGGCUGUUGUGGUGCUGGGAACAAGAAGACAGUAAUCGGAGGAUGGGCAUGGGCUUGGGCUUUUGUGACGGAUGUACAAGCUAUAUCACUGGAGGUAAUGACACUAAACCCUAAGUGCGAAAUGGUAGAAACAUCACAAGGUGUUGCUGUCACAGUAACAGGUGUUUGUCAGGUGAAGGUCAUGACGGAGCCCCGCCUCCUAAAAACAGCUUGUGAACAGUUUCUUGGGAAGUCUACUAGAGAAAUUGAGAGUGUUGUCUUGCAAACCCUUGAGGGUCAUUUGAGAGCUAUCCUGGGUACCCUUACAGUGGAGGAAAUCUAUAAAGGUAAGCAGACAGAGCAUGUUGGCACCUCAAGAUCAGGUUAUACAUACAGCACUGUAUGUGGCAUCUAUGUAAAUACCAUUUGCAUGUAUGAAAAAUGA